UCUCGUUGACCCGGAAGUGACGAAUCUUCGCUGUGUUUGGGUUGUGACAAGGAGGAGGCCGCGAUCGUGUCUAUUCUGCUGUCUCCGGGUGACACAGAUGGACCAUUCCUCUCAGUCCUACAUGCUUGCCAACAUAACCCACUUGCACUCGGAACAGCUUCUGCAGGGCCUGAACCUCCUCCGCCAACACCACGAGCUCUGCGAUAUUGUCCUCCAGGUUGGCGAUGUCAAGAUACACGCCCAUAAAGUGGUGCUCGCCAGCAUCAGCCCCUAUUUUAAAGCCAUGUUUACAGGAAACCUUUCAGAGAAAGAGAAUACGCAGGUAGAAUUCCAGUGCGUCGACGAGGCCGCCCUUCAGGCCAUCAUAGAAUACGCCUACACAGGUACAGUUUUCAUCUCCCAGGAAACAGUGGAGUCUCUUCUUCCAGCGGCCAACCUGCUACAGAUCAAGCUAGUGCUGAAGGAAUGCUGUGCGUUCCUGGAGAGCCAGCUCGACGUGGGCAAUUGCAUUGGCAUUUCGCGCUUUGCCGAGACUUACGGCUGCCACGAACUUUACCUAGCUGCCAACAAGUUCAUUUGCCAGAACUUUGAGGACGUCUGUCAGACGGAAGAGUUUUUCGAGCUGACGAAUUCGGAGUUGCACGAGAUCGUUUCCAAUGACUGUUUGAAUGUUGUUAGUGAGGAGAGUGUGUUUUAUGCGCUAGAGGCCUGGAUCAAGUAUGACGUGCAGGAGAGGCAGAAGUUCCUCUCCCAAUUGUUGCACUGUGUCCGACUGCCUUUGCUGAGUGUCAAAUUUCUCACCAGGCUGUAUGAAGCUAAUCACCUUAUACGCGAUGAUCACACCUGUAAACAUUUACUCAACGAAGCUCUGAAAUACCAUUUUAUGCCUGAACAUAGACUGUCCCAUCAGACGGUGCUAAAGACUCAGCCUCGCUGCGCUCCCAAAGUGCUUUGCGCGGUGGGAGGGAAAGCUGGACUGUUUACGUGUCUGGAGAGCAUGGAGAUGUAUUUCCCCCAGGACGACUCUUGGAUAGGCCUGGCGCCUCUCUCAACGCCUCGUUAUGAGUUUGGACUAUGCACCCUGGACCAGAAAGUGUAUGUUGUCGGGGGCAUCGCCACUUCUGCGGGGGGCAUUGUCACUCACAUGCGCCAGAGCAUCAGUAUGAGGAAGCACGAGAGCUCUGUGGAGUGCUGGGACCCGGUCACCAACACGUGGACAUCUUUGGGGAGGAUGAAUGAGUGUCGCAGCACCCUGGGCACUGUCGUUUUAGCAGGAGAACUUUAUGCCUUAGGAGGAUAUAAUGGACAGUCAUGCUUGCAGUCAGUGGAAAAAUAUAUCCCGAAAGCAAAGGAGUGGCAGCCGGUCGCUCCAAUGAUUAAGACAAGGAGCUGCUUUGCAGGCGCUGUACUGGAUGGCAUGAUCUACGCUAUCGGUGGUUAUGGCCCGGCUCAUAUGAACAGUGUGGAACGUUAUGAUCCUGCUAAGGACUCGUGGGAAAUGGUGGCGCCUAUGGCAGAUAAAAGAAUUAAUUUUGGAGUGAGCGUAAUGUUGGGAUUUAUCUUUGUGGUGGGGGGACACAACGGGGUGUCUCACUUGUCCAGCAUCGAGCGUUAUGACCCUCACCAAAACCAGUGGACGGUGUGUAGACCCAUGACGGAACCCAGAACAGGUGUCGGCGCAGCAGUGAUUGACAACUACCUCUACGUGGUCGGUGGUCACUCAGGUGCGACCUAUCUCAACACAGUACAGAAAUACGACCCUAUCUCAGACACAUGGUCGGAUUCAGCCGGCAUGGCGUACUCCCGGUGUAACUUUGGUCUGACGGCCCUUUGAUGAACAUCGGCACAUUGUGUAAUAUUAUAUCCCUGCAUGAAUGGAUUUCCGAGGCCUCAUCUCCUUGAUACCGAACCGUGAAGACAUGGAGAUUCAGUACAGCUCUCCUGUCGGGGCGAAAGCUUUCAACAGCUUCAAAAACACGGUCACUCUUCUGUAGCCGGUUAUUCCUAACUUGCUUGACUGACUAUUCCGAAUGGUAGUAUGCUGGAAAAGAUCGAAGAUCAUAGUUAUUACAGGCGUAGUAUGUGACAGUGUUUGCCAAAGCUUGGGACGUAUAUUAGCGGGUGGUACACAUCCACACCGUGGUGGCACACUGCAUUUUGGAGUUAGAACUAGGACAGAGCAGGGCCCUUAAAAGAAGACACUUUCUGUCCAUGGUUUAAAUCGGCAUGCUGCCUCUAGUGCCCAGCAGUCGUCGUGGUGAGAGACCGAGCUCCGCUCCUGCCAAGCACUGGAGAAAGCAUGGAGAUUUUAAAAGGAAAUUUCUGGCUGACGACAAGUUUGUUAUCAAGCAAUACAAAAGUGCCAGAACUGUCGCUGUAGUAAUAAUAAUAAUAUGUAAUGUUAACUAAACUAUGCUAUAAUACGAUAGAGGACAUGUUACUCACCAGGGGGUCUGUCUGUAUUGUUGUCUGCAGCUUUGGAUCCUUCACAAGCUGUAUCAUUCAUAUGCCUCAUGGCUCUUCUGUCUGUUAUCAUGCUAUUUACUACAGUAGGGAUGUCCAACUCCAGCCCUUAAAGGCCGUAUACAGGCCAAUGUGUUGGAAUAGACGGAGUUAAUUUGAACCAUACCUUUAGCGAUUCACCGCUGUCAAUGGGAAAAUGCUCUAAGAAUGCGCAAACAUCUCAGACCUUUUGGACUGGAGUUGGACACCCCUGUUCUGAAGCUAUAGGUCAAUGCCAUUGAUAACAUUACUCUACUUUUGGAUAUCGCAGACCAGUAGCUAGGGUUGGGUUGGGGGCACAAAUAUCUGAACAGCCUUUUAUCUGUGACGUGUCCCGUUCAAGCCGCCAGACCUCUACUUGCAGAAGAAACAAGAAAAAAAAAAAGAUGGAAAGGGACAUAUGAGUGGUAACAUGAAAUCCUAAUUCCUGCAUGAAUUGUUGCCUUUAUUUUUUACUUAAUACGUUUAAGAUAUAAUCAGAUCGUCUUUAGGUAAGGUUUAAAAAAAAAAAAAAAAAAACUUUAAACCAUGGACCGGAAAUGUCCACUUCAGUGGCCAUUUUAUGGGUGAACAUGGUAAGUAUAGCAACAUGCAUGUGGGUUUCAGGGGUACAGGUGCGAGAAGUAGCUGUCGCCUUGUUGGUUACCACAGUCGCCACCCAAUGUGGCAAUCGUGGUCGCCAACUGACUAUUGAAACCCUAAUAUAUUGUAUGGGAACAGUCACUGCAUACUGCCAAUCCUGAGAUGUAAGUUUACAUAAAGAGCUAUAGUCGCAUC